AUGGCCCCAGCAGUCGCUCAGCCCGCCGCAGGCGCCGCGCGGAAGCUGACGUCACCGCAGACGUCAGCGCUGUACGCGGUGAUCCUGUUCCUCAUCGUGCUGUCGCUGCAGCAGGUGAACCGCGCCACGCUCGCGUCCUCCAAGCCGCUCACCAUCGUCGGCGGCUUCGUCAGCUCGCUGCUCUUCCUGCUCGCGCUCACGUUCUUUAGCAACAUGCAGGAGGCCAUGGGAGCAAGAUCCGGAUGGGGCGUUGUAUUUUUGUCGCUCUUCAUUGCCACAGUUGCUGCUGCUUCAGUCCAUGGUGUCUGUGCCACUACAUGCAUUCUCUUCUCUGCUGGCCUGCUAUUUGAGGUGCAGCGGGUGUCUGUCGCUGCUUACCCCUCCGCAGAUUUGCUGAUCCCGGCUGAAGCGGCGCGGAAGAAGCCGUGGGUGGGCGUCAACUUGUCGCUCAGCCUCAUGUCCAAACCGAUAGACGUCAAGACGGCCAUCGCGAUCGUCAAGCAGCGGGGGUUCGCGGCCGUCAAGACGUUCUACCCCGUGCCCGAAAUCCUAUCCGCCCUCGCAGGCACGGGGCUGCAGGUGAUGACGUCAGUGCCCAACGACCGCCUUUACGACUUCGGCAAGAGCGACGCGGCGGCGCUAGGAUGGCUAGACGAGUAUAUCGUGCCGUACGUGACGCGCGGCACGAACAUAAUCGCCAUUGCGGUGGGCAACGAGCUGAUGGGGCCAGGCACGGGGUACACGCUGGUCGUGCCCGCCAUGGAGGCGCUGUACCGCGCGCUGCAGACGCGCCGCCUGCACCGGCGCGUGAAGGUGGUGCAUCCGCAGCACAUGGGGUUUCUGGCCAACACGUACCCGCCCUCGCAGUCGGUCGUCGACCCGCUGUAUGUCGGCGAGAUGCGCAAGAUGCUCGCGUUCCUCAACCGGACCGGCUCAUUCACGGUGCUCAACUGCUACCCGUUCUUCCCGUACAAGGACGCGGGCGGCAAGGUGAGCUACGACUACGCGCUGUACCGCGGGUACAAGGGCUUCUACGACGGGCGGCGCUACUACCAGAACCUCAUGGACGCCAUGCUCGACGGCGCCGUGUGGGCCUUUGAAAAGCUCGGCUACCCCGACAUGCCCUACAUGAUCGGGGAGGCAGGGUGGCCCACGGGAGGUAACCCAGCAGCCACGCUCCUCAAUUCCAAGCGCUGGACCACGGGCUUUCUAGCGCGCGCCAACGCCCUGCGCGGCACGCCCAAGCGCCCGGGCACGCCCAUCCGGGCCUUCCUCUUCGAACUCUUUGACGAGGAUCUCAAAGACACCUCCCCGGGCCCGUUUGAACACCACUUUGGGUUGUAUUACGCUAAUGGUACGCAGAAGUAUGAACUUGAUGUGCUUGGCGUCCCGAGCAAUCUCCCGCCGUCGAAACCGCCUAAGAUGUGGUGCGUACAGAAACCGACGGCCAGCGACGCGGCCGUGGGCGGCGGGGUGUCGUGGGCGUGUUCGAAGGAGGGUGGGGGGAUUGAUUGUGCGCGGGUGGGGAGUAAGUGCGGGGCGGAGAUGAAGGCGACGGCGGUGUACAACGCAUGGUUCCAGAAGCAGGGGCAGACGAGAGAGGCGUGUGACUUUGGCGGCACGGCGCAGGUGACGUUGAGGAACCCGUCCAAGGGGGCCUGCCAGCUGCACGGACGGCCGCUGGGGGUCAAGUGA